AUGGCUUCCCAAUUUGAUAGUGUUGUAAGAUCCCAGAGACUAAUGCACUGUGCAGCCUCUUACGGUGAAAGAGGGAGCCGUUGCCCACAGUCUCAUCGCCAAAACUAUGAAUAUCAUCGAAUCCAUCCCCAAGGUAACUUCAAAGAACAUCAUAAUAAUAACAUGGAACAUGAAAAGAGUGCAAAACGUGGCACAAACCGAGGUAGACAACAAGCACAAAAGCUUCAGAGGUUGGGAUUCUCGUACCUUGCAUCAUCUUUUCUUUACAUAGUCAUAAAGGUUAAAGCCUUCUACAACGGAUUCCUUGGAGAAGUUGCCGGAGAAGCAAAAAUAAUGGGCAUUGAAGCACCAAUGACUACAGAGCCAUAUUUCUCAGUGCCAGUUCUGCCAAAUUAA